CUGCAGGCGUCCGGCUGGUUCAGCCUGCGCGGGGCCGCCUCGCUCGCUCCCAGCUCCGCCGGCGGCCGCGGGUCCCGACAGCUGCGCCGGCGGCCGAGGCGGAGGCAGGCGCCGACCCGAGGCCCCCGGCCCGCGCGGCCCUAGGAACAUGGCAACCUGGGUGGCUUGCCCUGGGAGAAGAUGCCAACUGAUGUGAGGACUGAGGAACCAGUGUGUCAUUUCUCCAGGUACUUCAUGGUAUCCUCCCCUGCCCUCUCCACACCUCUGCUCCACACAGCUCCUGAGACAUGGGAGAAAACGAGGAUGAGAAGCAGGCCCAGGCUGGGCAGAUCUUUGAGAACUUUGUCCAGGCUUCCACGUGCAAAGGUACCCUGCAGGCCUUCAACAUCCUCGUACGUCAGCUGGACCUGGAUCCUCUGGAUCAUAGAAACUUCUAUUCUAAGCUCAAGUCCAAGGUGACCAGCUGGAAGGCCAAAGCCCUGUGGUACAAACUGGACAAGCGGGGCUCCCACAAAGAAUAUAAACGAGGAAAGUCAUGCAUGAACACCAAGUGUCUCAUCAUUGGGGGUGGACCGUGUGGCUUGCGAACCGCCAUUGAGCUUGCCUUCCUGGGGGCCAAAGUGGUCGUGGUGGAAAAGAGGGACACCUUCUCCCGGAACAAUGUGCUGCACCUCUGGCCAUUCACCAUCCACGACCUGCGGAGCCUGGGAGCCAAGAAGUUCUACGGAAAGUUCUGCGCUGGCUCCAUUGACCACAUCAGUAUUCGCCAGCUGCAGCUUAUCCUGUUCAAGGUGGCAUUGAUGCUGGGUGUGGAAAUCCACGUGAAUGUGGAGUUUGUGAAGGUUCUUGAGCCUCCUGAAGACCAAGAAAACCAAAAGAUUGGUUGGCGGGCAGAAUUCCUCCCUGCAGACCACGCUCUUUCUGACUUUGAAUUUGAUGUCAUCAUUGGCGCUGAUGGCCGCAGGAACACUCUGGAAGGAUUCAGAAGAAAGGAAUUCCGUGGGAAGCUAGCCAUUGCGAUCACUGCCAACUUCAUCAACAGAAACAGUACAGCUGAGGCCAAGGUGGAAGAGAUCAGUGGCGUAGCUUUCAUCUUCAACCAGAAGUUUUUUCAGGACCUGAAAGAAGAAACAGGGAUUGAUCUCGAGAACAUUGUUUACUACAAGGACUCCACCCACUACUUUGUCAUGACUGCCAAGAAGCAGAGCCUGCUCGACAAAGGGGUCAUCAUUGAGGACUAUGCCGACACGGAGAUGCUGCUGUGUGCGGAGAAUGUGAACCAAGACAACCUGCUGUCCUAUGCCCGGGAAGCCGCAGAUUUCGCCACCAAUUACCAGCUGCCCUCUUUGGACUUCGCCAUGAACCACUAUGGGCAGCCUGAUGUGGCCAUGUUCGAUUUCACCUCCAUGUACGCCUCGGAGAAUGCAGCCCUGGUGCGCGAGCGCCAGGCCCACCAUCUGCUCGUGGCCCUGGUGGGCGACAGCUUGCUUGAGCCAUUUUGGCCCAUGGGCACAGGCUGUGCCCGUGGCUUCCUGGCAGCCUUUGACACGGCGUGGAUGGUGAAGAACUGGGACCAGGGAACCCCACCUCUGGAGCUGCUGGCUGAAAGGGAAAGUCUGUACCGGCUGUUACCUCAAACCACCCCAGAGAACAUCAACAAGAACUUUGAGCAAUACACACUGGACCCAGGGACACGCUACCCAAACCUCAACUCAAAUUGUGUCAGGCCCCAUCAGGUAAAGCACCUUUACAUCACAAAGGAGCUGGACCACCAUCCUCUUGAGAGACUAAGCUCCAUGCGGAGAACAGUUGGCCUCUCCAGGCGAGAGUCCGACAUCCGGCCCAGCAAGCUCUUAACGUGGUGCCAACAGCAGACGGAGGGCUAUCAGCAUGUCAACGUCACCGACCUAACAACAUCCUGGCGCAGUGGCCUGGCGCUCUGUGCCAUCAUCCACCGCUUCCGGCCGGAGCUGAUCAACUUUGACUCACUCAAUGAAGACGAUGCCGUGGAGAACAACCAGCUGGCAUUUGACGUGGCCGAACGCGAGUUUGGGAUCCCUCCCGUGACCACGGGCAAGGAGAUGGCAUCGGCCCAGGUGCCCGACAAGCUCAGCAUGGUCAUGUACCUCUCCAAGUUUUACGAGCUCUUCCGGGGCGCCCCACUGAGGCCCAUGGAUUCUUGGCGCAAAAACUACGGAGAAAAUGCUGACCUUGGUCUGGCCAAGACCUCCAUUCCUAACAACUAUCUCAACCUCACGCUUCCGAGGAAGAGAACGCCACGAGUGGAUGGCCAAUCCGAAGAGAACGACAUGAACAAACGCAGGCGGAAAGGCUUCAACAACCUGGAGGAGCCAUCAGCAUUUUCCAGCCGGAGCCUGGGCUCUAGUCAGGAGAGUGGCAGCAGUAAAGAAGGAGGCAAUCAGAACAAAGUCAAGUCCAUGGCGAAUCAGCUGCGGGCCAAGUUUGAGGAAAGCACUCGGAACCCCUCCCUCCUGAGGCAGGAACGCUGUGUCUCGGGGCUAGGUAAGACCACCCUGUGCUCUUCCUCUGAUUCUCCUGCUAGCUCUUGCUGCCCCAAACCGGAUGAGCCCACACCCAGCCCGUCACCUCCUCUGAAAAGGCAGUUCCCCUCCACGGUUGUGCCAGGGCAUGUGCUCCGAGAGCUGAAGCAAGUGUCCGCUGGCGGCGAUUGCCCAAGCAGGCCCUGGAGAUCCAGGGCCAAAUCUGACCUGCAACUGGGUGGGCCCAAAACCCCCGAUGGCCUGCUUCCUACUUGCCAGGGAACAUUGGCCCUUUCCGGGGUGCUGCGACGGCUGCAGCAGGUGGAAGAACAGAUUAUCCAGAAAAGGGCCCAGAACUUGGCCAACAGGGAGUUUCACAAAAAGAACAUUAAGGAGAAGGCGGCCCACCUGGCCUCCAUGUUUGGACACGUUGAUUUCCCACAGAAUAAGCUGCUCGCUAAAGCUCACACUCCUCCUCCGUCUCUUCCCUCUUGUCUUCCGUCUCCUGACUCAGCUACUCCUCCCUCUCCACCGGCUGUCAACACUGCCUCCUCUUCCAGAAAGGAAUUGAUGUCACCUUCAAAUGGCCUUUCCCAUCCCAGCCGCUUAAGAACAGUGCCAGCUCAGCUCACAGUAGGGAGAGUGUCCAGCGGAAUAGGGGCUGCAGCUGAAGUCCUGGUCAAUCUGUACUUGAAUGAUCACAGACCCAAGGCCCAGGCCAGCUCUCCAGACCUGGAAUCCAUGCGGAAGGCAUUUCCCCUGAACGUGGGUGGCAGUGACACCUGUUACUUCUGCAACAAACGUGUAUACGUGAUGGAGCGGCUGAGCGCCGAGGGCCACUUCUUCCACCGCGAGUGUUUCCGCUGCAGUGUCUGUGAUACCACCUUGCGCCUGGCUGCCUAUGCCUUUGACUGUGAUGAAGGCAAGUUUUACUGUAAGCCUCACUUCAUUCACUGUAAGACGAGCAGCAAGCAACGCAAGAGACGAGCACAGCUGGAGCAGAAGAGAGAGGAGGAGAGCACGUGGCAAGAACAAAACACCCCUCGGCGAGACACGCCCACCGAGAAUUCUUGUGCAGCGGCCGCCAUCAGCACCCCGGAAGGCAGUCCCCCAGAUGAGCCCACCUUCCCCAAGAAACCCAAGGGCAUCCCCGAGCCGCAGCCUUGUGACACGCAAGAGGAAGUCACCUCCCCCCUGCCUUCUGAGUGGACCUCAGUGAGGAUCAGCCCUGGGGAGGACACAGUUGGCCAGGACGUGCUGGCCGUGCGUGUCCUGGUCACCAGCGAUGACAGCAGCUCUGAUGCUGAGUCUGACUAUGGCAGCAACAAGGACCCCAGGGUGAAGCCCGAAGAAGAAAGACCCCCGCAGCCUCUGCCCAAGUCCCUGACCCGGCAUGGCUCCCUGAAGGAGCCCCUGACCAGGGCUGUCUCGCCGCAGUGGCCUAAGGAGCCCCGUACCAUGCACGCUUUACAUCGGGCCAAAAGCUUCCAGUCUGUACUGCCAAGCCAGCAGCCACGCUGGAGAACAUUCCAGCCCGAUUUCACGCCAGUACACAACAAAGCUAGAUCACCUCCAAGACAGCCGUCUCCGUCUCUUCCUCGGUCUUCAUGGGCUUCUCCUCCGUCUCUCCCGCCAUCUUCUUCCUUGGCCAGGAUCUCUGGGAUUGGUCCAGAUGCCACUUCCCCACCUCAGGGCUCCGCUGGGUCUGACAGCCCACCCACCCCGAUCUUUCUGAGACGCGCCAGAUCCCACGGAGUACUCCUAGAAAUUCCCCUCUACGUCCCCCACGAGCCAGUGCUGGAGCGGGCAGAGUUCUGCCUGGUGAGCCCUGUCAUGGACAGCAUCACCAGCCCCACGGAGAUGACCACUGAUGUGAGCUCACCAGCACAGGAUCCUCCCAGGGACGCCAAGAGCAUCCUCCAAGAGCCGCACCCCACUCCUAGGAACAACAGAUGCUUGUCGGACCAGAAGCCAUCUCCCAGGACUGCAGAGGGACGAGAGGAAGGGAGGAAUGAACCCGGGAGGGAACAGGAAGGCAGAUCAGAGCUGGCAGAGGACAAGAAGUCAGGCCUGAAGAAGCUGGUCCUGAGUCCGGAGCAGAAGAGCAGGUUGCUGGAUUGGAAUGAUUCCAUGUCUGGCAGUGUACGGCUCCCCCAGGACAGCACUGAGAACGGCAGAGGAGGCCACCCCUUGCCAUUCCCUCAAGCACUGCCAACCCGGAGAGCAGUCCAGGGGCAGACAGGGGCCCAGGCAAACUCUGCACCAGGGGAACAAACAGUGCCUUCUCCCAAGUCCCCACUGAAGUUCCUAACGCAUGCCUUCCGGAAGACCCUCUGGUCCAGCUCCGAUAGUGGGAAGAAGUCCGGGACCAAGGCUGAAUCCAAAACUUCCCCCACCCAGCAGCGCUCCUUCAGCCUUCGGAAAAACAAGGAGCGGGCCCCGUGGUCUCCCGGGAGAGACAUGAUGAACAAAGCUGCUGCCUUCUUUUUCCCUGGCUCCCCAUCGGCCAAGGCAGCCCAGGUCCCGGACAUGAGCCCUACUGACCCUGCUGUCCGCACCCACAGUCUGCCUAAUCAACCACCACCCAAAGGGCUACCUGAACUUGCAUCCCCUCGCAGCAGUAAGAUGGACGAUGUCUCUUCACUCCUGGAGAAAGUGACUUUGCGAGAGCACUCCGAGGGCCCCAGGGUUCCAAAGAGAAGAUUCUCACUCUUAUCCUCCUUCAGAACCAGGGCGAGAUCUUCUGAGAGUUUACCGCAAGAACCCAAACCAAGGAAGGAUGUGAGAGACCUCUUUGGGGGUCCCAAGGAGACAGGGCUGACCAUGGAUGGCAGGCAGGCCUCGGAGAAGUCGGGGCAGCUGGCUCAGCCUCUUCCUGCAGCAGGAGAAACAAGCUCCAGGCACAUCCCUGUGAGGGCGCAGGUGAUAGAUGCUGUCUCUCCCCUUUCUUCCACCACCUCCUCCUCUACAGAUGAAGAAAUGGAUUCCCAGCUUUCAUUGCAGGCAAAGGAAAAGAAAACUAUUAGAAGAAGAAGGAAGCUGGAAAAAGCAACGAGGCAGUUGGCUAAGCAGGAGGAAUUGAAACGACUCCAUAAGGCUCAGGCCAUCCAGAGGCAGCUGGAGGAAGUGGAGGUGCGGCAGAGGGCUUUGGAGAUCAAGGGCGUGACACUGGAGAAGGCGCUGAGAGGAGAAGCAGAUUCAGGCACACAGGAUGAAGCACAGCUUUUGCAGGAAUGGUUACAGCUGGCCCUGGAGAAGAAUACAUUAAUGCGAUACGAGAAAGAACUACUGAUCAUGGCCAGAGAACUAGAAUUAGAAGAUCAUCAAAGCAGACUGCUGCAGAAAUUCCGAGAGAAGAUGUUCAAGGAGGAGAGCCAGAAGAACGAGAAUGAUCUAAUUGAGGAGCAAGAAAUAUUCACCGAGAUGAUGCAAGUGAUCGAGCAGAGGGACAGGCUGGUGGACUCCUUGGAGGAACAGCGUCUCAAAGAGAAGGCCGAGGACCAGCAUUUUGAGAACUUUGUGUUCCCCCGGGGCUGUCAGCUGAGCAGGACAUGAGGAGGCCCCGUCCCUGGAAGCAAGCUGCACACUGCACCCUUUGCAGGGACCUAUCAUGCCUGGAAUUUGAGUUACUACAUUAUGCUUGUAAACCAGAAUUCUCUCAUGUACCCAACAGCUCCCCAGGAUCAUUCCAGAGAGAUGAGGAAGACGAAAACACCAGGACCCUUGAUGCUGGCUGCCAACAUCAGCUGAGCUGUCAGAGUGGAGGUGUCCCUAGCAAACGACCAGCAUUGUCCCCAUCCUGUGACACAGAGAAGUGGCUUUCGUACGACUUUUGUCAUCUUCCUUCCCAAUUCAUUGAGUUACAUACUCAGAACAUUUUAAGAAGCUGCCUGUUCAUGACUAUAUCCCUAUUUGCCUUUUUUUUUCUCAUGGAUGACUGGUUUCCAAAUGUCAAAACAGCAGAAGCCAUUUAAAGAUUAGGUUAAUAUUUAAAUUGUGUUUCCAGAGAAAGAAGAGAAACUUUGAGAUUACUGAUUACACAAAGCAAAUAACUAGUAUAGCAGGUGCUAAUUCAAUCCAGAGCAAAUUUAAUUUACCAGGUGUAUUUAUAAGCCUUAAUAGAAUAUACAUCAGCAAUAAGAGUUUAAUAGAACAUUUGAGCCUUAAUUUUAUUAAAGAGGGAAAAGGAAAUCUAACUUGAACUUCAUGCCAGCAGGAUUGUUAGUUUUCACCAAAUACUGUAGCUUAAAGGAGCCUUUGUUCACACAGUGCCCUCCUUGUGGCCCCUGCAACAUAAUAAGUGUUUUGAGAAACUGAAUGAUUUUGAAGGGCUUUUUUGGUAAGCGCUGCUGAUGGCCAAAAGGGAAACUUUCAUUUGUUGGUUAA